CUGUAACCUCUGUGCUAAGGGUGCUGAGCAUCUGUAGGGUAGUUUUAUCUAUUCUUUAUAGGACGGACUAAUCAUUACUAUUUCCCAUAAGAUCACAUAGCUUAGGGAUCUCCAUUGGUAUACAAAUCUGUUUGCUAAGCCCUGGACUACUUUCUCAUGGCCUAGAUAACAAAAAGCCUGAGACUCAAUCAAGUUCUUGGUAUUAGGCUAUAGGCAAGAUUCAGUGCUCAAUGCUGAACUUUGCAGAGGAUCCUGGAACUGUUAGGGUGCAGUGCUUGCAUGUAGGACUUGAUUGGGAUCUGAGAUUUUCAUUCUUAGACCUUUUCUGGGUGCAAUGUGGGGUUCAGUAUUGUUAAUCCAGAUGCACUCAUGGGUUUAAAUGAUGGAAAUCAGUAGCUGGUACUGAAGGCUACUAGUAAAUUUGAGUGCAAAGAAGAGGCCGUGCAUGAGGAAGUAAUACCUUCAGCCAAACCACAGGACAGAAAAUUGGAACAGAAUUAUAUAAAUCAAGGUCAGAAGUUGCCUUUCCAACCCACAGGGUGGAGUUUGCUCCAUUCCUAUUCAUCCUAGUGAAUAUAAACCCUGACCUGAAGGAGUGGCUGGUAGGACUCUGAUUUCAGCUCUCAGCAUCCACCAUGAAUCUCAAGAUAGUCCUGAUGUUCCUGGCACUGUCCCUCAUUACCAUCUUUGCUCUGGUCGGUGUCUUGCUGACCAGCCAAGGUGGUUCCAGCCAGCCUCGCCACUGCCCCUCUGUAUCCCACAGGGCCCAGCCCUGGACACAUCCUGGCCAGAGCCAGCUAUUUGCAGACCUGAGCCGAGAGGAGCUGACGGCUGUGAUGAGCUUUCUGACCCAGCAGCUCGGGCCAGGGCUGGUGGAUGCAGCCCAGGCCCAACCCUCGGACAAUUGUGUCUUCUCGGUGGAGCUGCAGCUGCCCCUGAAGGCAGCAGCCCUGGCCCACCUGGACAGGGGGAGCCCCCCACCUGCCCGGGAGGCACUGGCCAUCGUCUUCUUUGGUGGACAACCCCAGCCCAACGUGACUGAGCUGGUGGUGGGACCACUGCCUCGCCCCUCCUACAUGCGGGAUGUGACUGUGGAGCGUCAUGGAGGCCCCUUGCCCUAUCACCGACGUCCCAUGCUAAGAACUGAGUCUGCUCAAAUGUGGAAGCAUUUGAAAGAGGUGGAGCUACCCAAGGCACCCAUCUUCCUGGCUUCUGUCUUCAAUUACAGCGGCUCUACUUUGGUACCUCUGCAUGCCACCCCUCGUGGCUUGCACCCAGAGGACCGAGCUACCUGGAUAGCUCUCUACCAUAACAUCUCAGGUGUUGGUAUUUUCCUUCACCCUGUGGGGCUGGAGCUACUGCUGGACCACAACGCCCUGGACCCUGUCCGCUGGGUUGUCCGAAAGGUCUUCUAUCUUGGGCACUACUAUGCAGACUUGGCCCAGUUGGAAUGGGAGUUUAAGGCCGGCCGGCUGCAAGUGGUUAGAGUCCCUCUACCCACACCAAAUGAGGCUUCAUCGCUAAGGUCCCGGGUCCCUCCAGGUCCUCUUCCCCCUCUCCAGUUCUCACCUCAGGGUUCCCAGUACAGUGUACAAGGGAACCUGGUGGUGUCCUCACUCUGGAUGUUUACUUUUGGCCAUGGUGUAUUCAGUGGCUUGAGGAUCUUUGAUAUUCAGUUUAAGGGAGAGCGAGUGGCCUAUGAAGUCAGUGUCCAGGAGUGUCUGUCUGUCUAUGGUGCUGAUUCACCUAAGACAAUGGUAACUCGCUAUUUGGAUAGUACCUAUGGGCUUGGCCGUUACAGCCAAGGCUUGGUGAGGGGAGUGGACUGCCCCUAUCAAGCCACAAUGGUGGACAUCAAUAUAUUAGUGGGCAAAGGGGCAGUCCAACUGCUCCCAGGGGCUGUGUGUAUAUUUGAGGAGGCCAGGGGACUACCCCUUCGAAGACACUACAAUUAUAUUGGGAGUCAUUUCUAUGGGGGGUUGGCCAGCUCAGCCCUUGUGGUCAGGUCUGUGUCAUCUGUGGGUAACUAUGACUACAUUUGGGACUUUGUGUUGCACCCAAAUGGGGCACUUGAAGGACGGGUUCAUGCCACAGGCUAUGUUAACACAGCUUUCCUGAGCGGGGGCGAGGACGGCCUCCUCUUUGGGAACCGUGUGGGAGAGCAUGUGCUGGGGGCAGUGCACACACACGCCUUCCACUUUAAGCUGGACCUGGAUGUGGCAGGGCUGAAAAACUGGGUGGUAGCUGAAGAUGUGGUGUUUAAACCUGUGGCAGCCCCCUGGAGCCUGGAGCACCAGCUACAGCGCCCACAGCUGACUCGGCGGGUUCUGGAAAGGGAAGACCUGGCAGCUUUUUCCUUGGGAAGCCCCCUUCCCCGCUACCUUUACCUGGCUAGCAACCAGACCAAUGCCUGGGGUCACCAGCGCGGGUACCGGAUCCAGAUCCACAGCCCCAUCGGCAUACACAUGCCCUUGGAAAGCAACAUGGAGAGGGCCCUCAGCUGGGGGAGAUACCAGCUUGCAGUAACCCAGAGGAAGGAGAAGGAGUCACACAGCAGCAGCAUCUAUAACCAGAAUGACAUCUGGAGACCCACUGUGGCCUUUGCUGACUUCAUCAACAAUGAAACCCUCUUAGGCGAGGAUCUGGUGGCUUGGGUUACAGCCAGCUUCCUGCACAUUCCCCAUGCUGAAGACGUCCCCAACACAGUGACAUUGGGGAACAGAGUUGGCUUCUUGCUCCAACCCUAUAACUUCUUUGAUGAGGACCCUUCCAUCUUUUCCCCUGGCAGUGUUUACUUUGAGAGGGGCCAAGAUGCUGGACUCUGCAGCAUCAACCCUGUGGCCUGCCUGCCUCAACUGGCAGCCUGUGUUCCGGACUUGCCCCCUUUCUCUUAUCAAGGCUUCUAACCCUCUAACCCUCUAACCCUCCCCGGGUGGGGAUUGGAGGGGGUUAGACAUGUUAUCUUUCUCUCUGUUUUCACUUUUUGUUCCCUAUGUUUUGUAUUUUUUGAGACAGGGUCUUGCUCUGUCACCCAGGCUAGA